AUGUCCCGGUUCAUUCGAACUGUUACCAUCUCUUCUCCCGAGCAUCUUAGCGAAGCCACUGCUAACACUGUCUACUCUGCCACUCCAAGUCUGGGAACUGAGAGAUCUAUAUCAAGAGACCCCUUCCAUUCAAAUGAGUACCAACGUCCAGUCACUGUUACAAUUGCGUUCAGAUCAAAGUUUCAACGGAAAGGCUACAUAAGCGUCGGUGCAUACCAUUCCGAGGGACUGAAAACCCCCGAUGAAACCGUCGGCGUCAUCUCCCCCUCUACACAAUCCGGGGUACUACGGCGUUCGACACUCUGUCCACGUCACUGCCAAAAAGCGAGUGGAUCCACUAUCAUCACGCCCAUUCGACUCAUUGGUCCGACCUUGGAGGAAGGAACGUUGGAGCCCAUCGCAGGUUUACCCAAUGAUCAUCCAGUCAACCGGCCCCUAUUCUGUGGACAGCCAUCCACAGAGGGCACCGUCGGAGAAAGGUUGGCGAAGGGCACCUAG